CGUCGAAUGCCAUUGCAAGACUAGAAGCGGAGCACUGCAUCAAGGGCGGGGCGUCUCCUAACUUUUGGAGCUGUUCUGGUGGCCAUUCUGCAGCUUCAAUUGAGCAGGAUGCUCGGUGUAACUGUUUGUGCAUGAACAUUCAGAUUGCUCUUGCAGUUGAGCAAUACACCACUUUUUUGGAGAAUGCGGGUGUCAUAUUACGAGUAACUGAAGGUCGAUGUACUGUAUGAAACCGGUUGGAAGGGCUCCUCUAUGACAUGCUUUUGGGACAGCUUUCAGCAGCAUAAGAACCACAUAUAGCAAGUGCACCCCAUAACUCCCGAGCUUUCAAGUUGGUCAUUUGAUUCCCUGAGGCGCAUACAACAAAUGGCACUCAUCAAACCAGGGGUCUGAAAAAAGGGACUCUCAAAGUUGAAAUACAACAUUCUGAACUUGAACUGACAGACGAGCUAAGCACGAUGUCGCACGACUACUUAAUAAACCCGAUUGGUCUCACGGUGUCGGACCGUGACUUCCACCGCUGGCUGACCAAGGGAUGGGCGGGCCUCAGGGGCGAUGAUUCAGACCCGUCCACAUCGGAAGGGGUGGCCCGGAGCGGCCUAGCAAAUUUAGUGAUGGGCCUGACAUUGGAGGACCUCAGGACGCCGGCGCGCCCGUGGCGGGGGGACUUCGUGAAUAGCGCAGGGCUGGGCUUCUGGGAGUCGUAUGCUUUGCCCGGGACUGAGAUGGAGCUGGAGAGCAGAUUACAGGGCAAUCUAGGCGUGUACCUGGGCAACUAUGUGGCCAUCAUGUGCGUCGCGUUCGUGUGUGUCAUGUUCAAAAGGCCCUUUGCUCUGCUGGCGAUGGUGGCGCUGGUCAAAUGUUGGGACCUGUUUCUGAAGUACCGCCGGCGGCCAGACGUGAACGUGUACAGUACAACAUUCCAGUAUAUGAGCUGGGGAUUCCAAAUGCUUUCGGCGCUCGUGGUGAUACUCUCUCAGGUGCUCCUGGCGCUGGUCGUUGCGGCACUGUUGGGGGGUGCGGUGGUAGUCGGCCAUGCGGCCUGUCGACGGCCCCCCGAUCCGUUUUGGAUAAGCAACCCACACCUUCAACCGCAACGGUCGCAGAGCGUGAUCACUCAAGGAGACGGCAGACGACGACAGAUCACCAGAAGAGCCACCACCGGCUCGCUUUGAUAGACCCGCUUGCGUGUAUAGACUACCGUUACUGUGUUUGAUCGUCGUCGGCCUUUUUCUAUAGCGAGUCACAAGAUCGACGGCAAAACUUCGGCGAUGUACAUAGCUUGAAAGCAGAAUCAGAGACAGACCGCUCGAUUAUCAAACUGGAUGAUGCACGCUACCCACCGUCCAUACUGUGUGCUAGGGAAGGCAAUUGUUUGAGCAUGUUGCGAAAAGAGCGUUGACUUCAUACCUGGAUGCUUUCUUAUGCCGCGCAGUAUAUGCGCGCUGUGUAUAUAUCAAAGUCCAAC